GCCUCCGGUGCGGGUGUCGGGGGCGCGCACUUCCGGGGACGCUGCGAGGCAGAGUAGCUGAGAUGAUCCCGGGGGAGGGAGUGUGAAGUGCCUCGGGUGUGAGAAACGGGAUUUAUUCAGCACAUAUUCCUUGAACUUCUUCAGUAUGUCAAGAACUUGAACUGAUCAUUGAGUGCUGCAAGUCUGACAGACAAGCCUGCACAAGCCUGCCUAACAUGGGCUGUCGAGAUGUCCAUGCAGCCACAGUCCUGUCCUUCCUGUGUGGAAUCGCCUCAGUAGCAGGACUCUUUGCGGGGACUCUACUGCCCAACUGGAGGAAAUUACGGCUGAUAACGUUCAACAGAAAUGAAAAGAACCUGACUGUUUACACUGGCCUAUGGGUGAAGUGUGCCCGCUAUGAUGGGAGUAGUGACUGCCUGAUGUACGACACUACUUGGUACUACUCAGUUGACCAGCUGGACUUGCGGGUCCUACAAUUUGCCCUGCCUCUCAGCAUCCUGAUCGCCAUGGGGGCCCUACUGCUCUGCCUAAUUGGAAUGUGCAACACAGCCUUCAGGUCCUCAGUGCCCAAUGUCAAACUGGCCAAGUGUCUGGUCAACAGUGCAGGCUGCCAUCUUGUGGCCGGGCUGUUCUUUUUCCUGGCGGGUAUUGUAAGCCUCUCCCCAUCCAUCUGGGUCAUCUUUUAUAAUACCCAUCUGAACAGGAAGUUUGCACCAUUCUUUACAUUCGACUAUGCAGUGUAUGUCACUAUUGCUAGUGCUGGGGGCCUGUUUAUGACUUCUCUUCUUCUGUUUAUUUGGUAUUGUGCAUGCAAAUCUUUGCCUUCUCCUUUCUGGCAACCACUUUACUCACAUCCUGCCAAUAUGCACACUUACUCACAGCCCUAUUCAGCACGCUCCCGUCUCUCUGCCAUUGAAAUUGACAUUCCAGUAGUUUCACAUACCACCUAAUGGGGGGAAAUAGUUGUUAAGAAAAACUCUAUAGCCUCACAUUUCCCCUUACCAAGGAGUUGUAUGAACCUGUAUACGUUUUCCUUUUAUUUCUGACCAGUCAGUGAAACCAAGUUCUGGUAGGUAGAAUGAAGUGCUGCUAGUUUUUAUGAAAAGUACUUUAUAUUAAAUGUGAAUUACUUCCUUUUCUUAGGCUUCUUAUGCUAGAAGAGUUUUUAACCUUCAUAUUGAUACAUAAUUAGUUAAAUAGAACUUUUGUCUCAGUUGAGGUGAUUUAGAAUAACAUGGUAAAGUUGAAAAUGAUGGCUAAGAGAAGGUAUUGUAUACAAUCUGAGUAUUUCAGGUUGUUUAUUUUCCUUUCCCCCUAGAAUACUUUAAGUCAGAAAAAAAAAUUUCACAUACAAGAAAUUUACGUUCAAUAGGGUAAUACUUAACAGUAGUCAGUCUGUCAGCUUAAGACUGUGACUUACUUCUCUCUCACACCUACUUGUAUUAAAUAGGGUCCAGAAUUUUGAAGAUAACUUUCUUUUGUGAAUUCUUUAAAUUCUACCUCAUGCCAGUGUUUAAGAAUUAAAUGCAUUUUAUGUGAUGUCAAAGAAUAAGCCUAACACUUUAAAUGUUUACUAGCAAUGAAUAAUAUAUUACAGGAUUUUAAAUGCUAAUGAUUCUAUAAGUUAUUGGAGUUAAAAUGUGCUAGGUGAUUGGUGCUUCCUCUGAGGCAGUACAACCUUUUCCACUAAUACUUAGUGGUAUUCAUAUCCAUCUAUAAUCUUUUAAUGACUGAGAAAUAGAAAGAGGACCAGUGGAUUGUAUUCUCUUAACAGUGAUCAGACACAGUCAUCUGUUCUUCAAUGACAAUAUUAAUGAUUCACCCUAAAAGCUGUGAUGGGUGAAAGUUGAGGCAUGGUUUUGCUAUGACUACAUUCACCCUUGAUUCCGAUCCUGCUAUUCCCUUAAGCAUUUAUCUGUGUCCAACACUUAAGUAGGUGCUAGAAGAGGAUGCAUGACAGAACAUGAGAUCUGGUCCCUGUCACAAAGUUUAACAGGGAAGAUAAACCACUAUUGCUCUUAAAAUUAAUAAUUUAGGGAACAAUCUGACUUCAGUGGUAGCUGCUCUUAAUUUCUCAGUCAUUGCUCCAGUAAUAUAUUUCAAAUGCAAAGAAUUGCACAAUAUCAACAAUAUAUUCUAGAACUUUGAAGUUUAAUUCAUUAUAGAUUCUUCAGAGCAGGGCUUCUUAAACUUUUUCACUUGCAACCCCUUUUUGUCCAAGAAAUUUUUAUGUGAUACCCAGGUAUGUUAAAUAGGUGUACAAAUAAAAUAUUUACUGAGAAUUGUAAAGAAACUCUAUUUUACAAUAGCCUUCAUAUUUAGUUACAUGACCCUAUGUUUGGAGUCACGACCCACAGUUUAAGAAGUUAGGCUUUAAAGGAGUGGUUUUCAACCAUUAGUCUUCAGACUGAUGCAUUCUAUAGGUGUAAAAAGGUUGAAAAUCACUGCUCUAUACCAGUGUUUAUUCAUUGUCAGUUCUCAAACUGACCUCAAAUGGAUAGUGGUCCGGGUUGAAAACCACUGCUUUAAGUGCCUACUUUAGAUGCUAUCAUAAUAAUAUGUAUGGAUAAAUGUAUUAGAGAAAUUGUUCCCCUCUGAAAAUAUAAUAGAAAAUGGAGGAGUACUUAAAGUAUCUUUUUUACUUUGGUAAAAUUUAGCUGAACUAAUAAUUACUGGUACCGCUCAAGCAAAUCCAGGAACCAGAUGAUAGUGAUGCAGUGAAUAAUUCUGAGAUGAAGUUUAGAAAUUCAGGGAUGUUUGGUCUUUGCCUUGAUGAAUUUGAACUGCUGCUUAGUUGGUGUAAUUAGUACUGUGUUCAUAAGUAUUUUAUUCUGUUAACCAUUACAAAUUUCAUGAGCAGGUAGUUGCAUGGGAAACAGAUUAUUAUGCCCUUUUUGCAGAUUUGCAUAUGGUUUAUCAUUUUGUGGAUAUACUUCCCUCCAAAUCCUAAUACUAAUUUAUGUAGAUAGCAAAUAAUUCCACUUGUAUAAAUUUGAAAUAUCAGUAGAAAGCAUGCAAGACUAUGGCUUUUAAGUUCUGGGUUUUGAUUUCAUUCUUUUUAAAUCUUCUUAGACAUAGUUGAGUCUUGAUCCUUCCAAGAUGAUGGCAGGUAGAAUUCUUAGAUAGUUAUUUUUUGUGUGUUGUUUUGGGGCCAUCCCUGGUGGUACUCGGGUCUUACUCCAGGCUCUGCACUUGGGGAUCACUCCUGGCAGGCUUGGGGAAUCCAGUGUAGUGCUGGGGAUCAAACCCUGGUUAACCAUGUGCAAGGCAAAAAUGCCCUACUCACUGUACUAUAUCACUCUAGCCCAUUAAGGUUUUUUUUCCUCUUCCUUCUUUGGGGGGAGGCAAGGUUACAUCUGGCGAUGCUCAGGGGUCACUCCUGACAUGCUUGGGGGAUACUAUGGGGUGCUGGGGAUCAGACACAGGUUGGCCAUGUAUAAGGUAAGCACCCUACCCACUCUACUCUCUCUCUCUCUGGCCCUAAAAUUAUUUUAAUAUUCCUCUUUGCUGAUUUGUUUCAGUCUUCUCUCUCACUAAAUUUGUCUAUAUAGUGUCAAAAAUUUCACCAUUUUUCCUUUCCUUGUGUAACAAUGGUGAAGAAAAUUAGACUAGUCAUUAAUAUUGGAUAGUGUUUGGACCAUGGGACCAUGAAUAUAAAUGUUAAACUUUUCUUACAAGAAUCUCCUGAAUUUAUAAUCUGUAGCCUCAAAAUGGUAUUUAUUAGGAAUUCACUUAAAAGAAACAGCUGUUUCCCGUACUGCCUUUAAUAGUUCAGAUUUGCUCUCAGCAGCUGUUCUUCAACGCCAUCAAAAGAAAGGGAAUGUUUAUCAUUCUUUCAGUAACUUUUAAGGAUUCAGCAGGCUCUCAUUGUGAUGGGGGGCGACGGGGAGAGAAUGGGGAUUGGUCCACACCCAGUGGUGCUCAGGGCUUACUCCUUGCUAUGCACUCAGGGGUCACUCUUGUGGGUUUGGGGGUCCAUAUGGAUAGCCGGGGAUUGAACUUGGGUCGACUGCAUGCAAGGCAAGGGCCCUAGCCAUUGUACUAUUGCUCCAGUUCCACUUCAAAUUUAUGUUGUAAAAGCCUAUUAAUAUUAAGCAACUUUUGUAGAAGCCAGUUUGGAAACCAAAUUUAAAUGUGGGAUGAAUGUUCCAUAUACAGUUUAUUUGGUCUUGGGAGAAAGAAAUAUUCCUGAGUAUACUUGUAAAUAUACACUAAUUCAUAAUCUUUACUGUAAGCUGCAAUGUAAAACUUCACUAAAAACUGCACUGAACUUCUUGAUGUUUAUUAAAAGAUGUAUUUUUAUAAGUUUC